UAGGACUGUACUGGUUCUGAGAUUCUGCGCCAGCCUCAUGGAAAUGAAGCUGCCAGGCCAGGAGGGGUUUGAAGCUUCCAGUACUCCUACAAAUGUUUCUGCAGGGGAGCUGGACAGCGACCUUGGUCCCGGCCCCGGCCAUAGCCCUGAUGGCCCCUCAGCCACAGAGAGCAAGGAACUGGGCGUACCCAAAGACCCUCUGCUCUUCAUUCAGCUGAAUGAGCUACUGGGCUGGCCCCAGGCACUGGAGUGGAGAGAGACAGGCAGCUCCUCUCCAUCCCGGCUCCUGGACAUGGGAGAAAUGCCCCCAAUAACACUGUCUACCCACCUCCAUUGCAGGUGGGUACUGUUUGAGGAGAAGUUGGAAAUGGCUGCAGGCCGGUGGAGUGCCCCCCACGUGCCCACCCUGGCACUACCCAGCCUCCAGAAGCUCCGCAGCCUGCUGGCCGAGGGUCUUGUACUGCUGGACUGUCCAGCUCAGAGCCUCCUGGAGCUUGUAGAGCAGGUGACCAGGGUGGAGUCACUGAGCCCAGAGCUGAGAGGACAGUUGCAGGCCUUGCUGCUGCAGAGACCCCAGCACUACAAGACCACAGGCACCAGGCCCUGCUGGGGCUCUACUCAUUCAAGAAAGGCUUCUGACGAUGAGGAAGCCCCCCUGAGGGAACAGCGUCAGAACCCUCUGAGACAGAAGCUGCCUCCAGGGGCUGAGGCAGGGACUGUGCUGUCAGGGGAGCUGGGCUUCCUGGCGCAGCCACUGGGAGCCUUUGUUCGACUGCGGGACCCUGUGGUACUGGGGUCCCUUACUGAGGUGUCCCUCCCAAGCAGGUUUUUCUGCCUUCUCCUGGGCCCCCCUAUGCUGGGCAAAGGCUACCAUGAGAUGGCCCGGGCAGCAGCUGUCCUCCUCAGUGACCCGCAAUUCCAGUGGUCAGUUCGUCGGGCCAGCAACCUUCAUGACGUUCUGGCAGCCCUAGAUGCUUUCCUAGAGGAGGUGACGGUGCUUCCCCCAGGUCGGUGGGACCCAACAGCCCGGAUUCCCCCGCCCAAAUGUCUGCCAUCUCAGCACAAAAGGCUUCCCUCGCAACAGCGGGAGAUCAAAGGUCCCGCAGUCCCGUGCCUGACCUCGGCUGAGGACAGGCACCGCCAUGACCCGCACACCCCCAGCCCUGAGUUGCAGCGGACUGGCAGGCUGUUUGGGGGACUUUUUCAGGACGUGCGCAGGAAGGCUCCGUGGUACCCCAGCGAUUUCUUGGACGCCCUGCAUCUCCAGUGCUUCUCGGCUGUACUCUACAUUUACCUGGCCACUGUCACUAAUGCCAUCACUUUUGGGGGUCUGCUGGGAGACGCCACUGAUGGUGCCCAGGGAGUGAUGGAAAGUUUCCUGGGCACAGCAGUGGCUGGAGCUGCCUUCUGCCUGAUGGCAGGCCAGCCCCUCACCAUCCUGAGCAGCACUGGGCCAGUGCUGGUCUUUGAGCGCCUGCUCUUCUCUUUCAGCAGAGAUUACAGCCUGGACUACCUGCCCUUCCGCCUAUGGGUGGGCAUCUGGGUAGCUACCUUUUGCCUGGUGCUGGUGGCCACAGAGGCCAGCGUGCUGGUGCGCUACUUCACCCGCUUCACUGAGGAAGGUUUCUGUGCCCUCAUCAGCCUCAUCUUCAUUUAUGAUGCUGUGGGCAAAAUGCUGAACUUGGCCCAUACCUAUCCUAUCCAGAAGGCUGGAUCCUCUGCCUAUGGGUGCCUCUGCCAAUACCCAGGCCCAGGAGGAAAUGAGUCUCAAUGGACAAGGACAAGGCCAAAAGACAGAGAUGACAUCUUAAGCAUGGACCUAGGCCUGAUCAAUGCAUCCUUGCUGCCGCCACCUGAGUGCACACGGCAGGGAGGCCACCCUCGUGGCCCUGGCUGUCAUACAGUCCCAGAUAUUGCCUUCUUCUCCCUCCUCCUCUUCCUUACUUCCUUCUUCUUUGCUAUGGCCCUCAAGUGUAUAAAGACCAGCCGCUUCUUACCCUCUGUGGUACGCAGAGGGCUCAGUGACUUCUCCUCAGUCCUGGCCAUCCUGCUGGGCUGUGGCCUUGAUGCUUUCCUGGGCCUAGCCACACCAAAGCUCAUGGUGCCCAGAGAGUUCAAGCCCACACUCCCUGGGCGUGGCUGGCUGGUGUCACCUUUUGGAGCCAACCGCUGGUGGUGGAGUGUGGCAGCAGCCCUGCCUGCCCUGCUGCUGUCUAUCCUCAUCUUCAUGGACCAGCAGAUCACAGCAGUCAUCCUCAACCGCGUAGAAUAUAGACUGAAGAAGGGAGCUGGCUUCCACCUGGACCUCUUCUGUGUGGCUAUGCUGAUGUUACUCACAUCAGUGCUUGGACUGCCUUGGUAUGUCUCAGCCACUGUCAUCUCCCUGGCUCACAUGGACAGUCUUCGGAGAGAGAGCAGAGCCUGUGCUCCCGGGGAGCUCCCCAACUUCCUGGGUAUCAGGGAGCAGAGGCUGACAGGCCUGGUGGUGUUCAUCCUUACAGGAGUCUCCAUCUUCCUAGCACCUGUGCUCAAGUUUAUCCCAAUGCCUGUGCUCUAUGGCAUCUUCCUGUACAUGGGGGUGGCAGCACUUAGCAGCAUUCAGUUCACUAAGAGAGUAAAGCUGUUGUUGAUGCCAGCAAAACACCAGCCAGACCUGCUACUCUUACGGCAUGUGCCUCUGACCAGGGUCCACCUCUUCACAGCCAUCCAACUUGCCUGUCUGGGGCUGCUUUGGAUAAUCAAGUCCACCCCUGCAGCCAUCAUCUUCCCCCUCAUGUUGUUGGGCCUUGUGGGGGUCCGAAAGGCCCUGGAGAGGGUCUUCUCACCACAGGAACUCCUCUGGCUGGAUGAGCUGAUGCCAGAGGAGGAAAGAAGCAUCCCUGAGAAGGGGCUGGAGUCAGAGCACUCGUUCAGUGGAAAUGACAGUGAAGAUUCAGAGCUGAUGUAUCGGCCAAAGGCUCCAGAAAUCAACAUUUCUGUGAAUUAGCUGGAGUAGGAGUCUGGGAGUGGAGACCCCAGGAAACAGCAUGAGUUCACAGGAGCUUACUCACGAAGUCAGGACAUUGCUGGCCUUUGGUUUAACUUCCAGAUGCUCAGUUGGUUUGGGGCAGGACUGAAGGGCAGCUGCCAAGACCUCAGUUACCUCCUGACCUGAGGGUGGAGAGUGGCAGGAAGCAAGCCUGUUUGCUGUGCGCUUAGGAAAGGCUGGUGAGCCAGAAGGACUGAUCAGGCCCUAUACACUCUUCACUCAUUAAAAGGUCCUGAGCCACGAAAUGCUUCCCAUUUUGAACUUUCUGUCCUCACAGAUUCUCUUUUACAGAAUUUAAGGGCUAUCAGGGAACUCUUUUCAGCUUGCAAACAGAAAACGACAGUCUUUCCAGAAUAAUUAUUCUUCUGUUUGAAAUUGUUUUUUACUGGGAGGCUGAGGUGGGAGUAUUGCUUGAGCCCAGGAGUUGGAG